AAUGGUCGGCGAGCGAGAGCGGAAAGCGCGAACUGGCAACUCUCUGCCCCCAAACGUUUUGACAGCGAAGCCGACGUCGCAGGUUCGCCCAACUUCAUACGUAUCUAGUAUUAUUUCGAGACCGAACCCGAGUAGUCCGAUCCGCUUCUAGGCCUCGGAAAUUGUUUGGUGGCCAUCUGGCGCAAUCAUAAAAAAAAACGUUCGAGCGUCCGCGACGGAGCAAAAAACGUAUUUGAAUACCAUAGGGAGAGACCGGCCCUUAUCGCCACGUGUUCAGACGUGUUUGCAGCUUGAUCCUGAGAAAAUGGAGAUGUUGAAUGGUACAACCUGAAACCGAAUAAGGGCGCGCACUGGUAAUGGGUGAAAAUAUUCCACCAUUAAAUAUAAUCAUAGAGAAUCAAGUGACCGCGCUCACGUGCAACAGACACCUAUGGAAACCGUUUUCCACCACCUUCAAAUAUCACUGCCCGAACGUCAUAAUAUGGCAAAGCGCCCUUCCUGGGAACUCACGCCGCCACCGCCACUUCACAAAGCAGAAUCGCCGGGAGACCCGCCAGCGUCUGUCAGAUUUCCCAAACUGUUCGCCCGCGACGACUACGGACAGCCGACUCGAGACCCAACUCUGCAGCCGGGCCCAAGUCUGCAGACGACGCCCUCCUCUCCUCUCUUGGGAGAGAACUUCAACUCCAGCGACUUCUACAACCACGAUGAGGAAUACCUCCAGUCCCUCCUCUUCGACUUCGGCCUCCAGCUGAGUCCCGGGGGGACGCACAUCGAGCACGAUCCAGCGCAGGUUCCCUACGGGGAGGUCAAACCCGAUUCGGAGCAGGAGAGAAGCAGCGACAGGGAACAGCGGACCAACACCCCCCCCGUCGGCAGCGCCUCUCCUCCGCCGUUCAGGGACGACGAUUUCGCGGAGCAUGGCGUCAAAGCCACCACCUUGCCGCACUCGAAGUUCAGGAAGAUAACGCAGUUCAGUCGGUCGUCGCAAGAUAAAGAUGAAGGAAACAUUACCGAAGCGCUAUCCACUAGCCAUCACCCAAUUCAAAACCUUGAACCAGAAAAGCAACAUCAACAAACGCACCCGAAGAAAAAAGUGAAAAAAUAUGAGUUUCAGCAACAAUUUGAAGACCCUGAAGAGGAGAGGAAGAGAUUAAAUGCCAUCAAUGCAAGAAGAAAUCGCAUAAAACAGAAAGCGUUAACAAACCAUCUGAAAGAAAAAGCUAAAACCCUUGAAGAUGUCAACCAGAAAUGUGGUAUGGUGCUAAAGAGGAUGGAUAGCGAUGCUAGGAAAUUAGCACAACAGCUGGAGGAGAGGAACAAAGAAAAGGCCAUUUUGGAUAAAGCACUCAGAGAAAAAGAACUUGAAAUUCGUGACCAACGAGAGAAGUUGGCGCUCUUCAGAGGACAUCUUGAUCUCAUUGCAAGCAGCCUUGAAGACGAUAAUCCUGGCAAAAAACUGAUUUCAAACCUUUUGAAAAAGUUGCCAGUGGGCAAUUAUCCAGUAUCUGAAUGAAAUAAAACUUGGAAAAUAGAAAUCACACUUGUAUUGCAGGAAAUGCAAUACAAUUUGUCCAAAUUACUUACUAUUGUCAUACAGGAAAUGCAAUACAAUUUGUCCAAAUUAUGUACUAUUGUCAUUAUGUAUUCAGGUAAGUGUAAUGGCAAGGGACACAACUUCAACUCUUUCCUCCACUCUAUUAACUACUUCCCUUUAACUAAUGCAUUAGGAUAUAGUAAUUCACCAAUUAAUAAGCAUAUUAUUGCUAAUAUGAUGAGGGUCAGAAAAUACAGAAGCUGGGGGAGGUGGUGCCUAAAUAGUACCACCUCCCCCAAUUUCAGUACUAAAUAUAUAUUUUUGUACAUGAACUUUCCUGUCAGAUAUAUACUUAGCUUUAGACUCCGUCGCUCCCGACAGAAAUUCAAAUUUCGUGGCACACGCUACAGGUAGGUCAGGUGAUCUACUGCCCUGCCACUGGGUGGCAGGACUAGGAACCAUUCCCGUUUUCUAAUCAGAUUUUCUCUGUCGCCGGUUCCGACAACUCCUGUUGUUGGUUCCUCCUGAUGGAUUUCGUUUUUUGUUUGCCGUGGAUCUUUUCGCCGUCUUUUGGUGAUGUAUUGGAUCUUUGGCUUGGCAUAAGCUUUAUUAUCUUUUGAUUUAUUUUUUUUUUUUGCGUCAGUCGCUAGUACUGUCGUUAGUUUAUGCGAUUACGUAUAGGUAUAUUGUUAGACUACCGAACGAGCAGUUCGGUAGAUCCUCACAAUGUAGAUUUGAUUUUUGUUUUUCAUGAAACUACAGCUCUUUUGUAUCAGUCAAUUAUCAUUCUGUUUACAUUUACUGAUUGACAGUCAUUAUUACGAAACUUUCGUAAUAAUGACUGUAUACGUUUGCUGUAUGCAGUGAAUUUGCUGUAAUACAGUAAAUUUGCUGUAUUACAGUGGAUGUAUACAUUUUCAGUAUACAUUUACUGUAAUAAUGACUGUAUACAUUUACUGAAUGUCAGUCAUUAUUACGAAACUUUCGUUUUGAUGUAAUUCAUUAGAGAACCUUCAUUGCUGAAGUUUUAUUAGAAAAGCUUGAGUAGGUCUCGUUCUAACGAGCCAGUUAGUGAGACUAUAGCACCUUUCCAGGACACAGAACCUGCAGAUUUGUCUAAAUGGGAUUAGUGGAUUUGAAGGAUGCCCUCAAAAGAUGGAGCUCAAAAUGCGAGCUUUUAAAGGUAAGUACAGUACAGUGAAUAGUGAUUUCAGUGUCCCCAGUGUUGUGGAGGGGCGUCUGACCGGCUCCGUAGCGCUUCCAGGCCUAGACCUCUUCCAAACUCCCAGACCCAGUGGAGGAGAAAAGUCAACAACCGCAGGAAGGUUAGGGAGAACCCCCACCGGUCAGGCAUCCCUUCGGCAGGAUCUGUGUCGUCCCAGACUGCCAGGGAUCGCCGUUGCAAAGGCAUCCUGAGUGUGUGCUUCUCGUGAUCUGAUUCCGCUUCGCCCAAGCACGGCUGGAGCUCAGCCUAGCAGUCGCGGCCUAUGAAGAGGAAUUGGAAAGCGCCCUCCUUGGAUUCUAGCCCUGAGCGAUUCCCAGAAAGUUUGCCUGUGGAUAGGAAGAGAGCCAGAGUCCUGUUUUCGCCAGUUUUCGGCUGGGAGUCCCCUUCGUCCUCCAGACUUCCUUCCCCUUCGUCUGACAAGGAGGGGGAAGAUUCUACAACUAAGAUUCUCCGUAACAUGCAGGAGCAUAUCUCGUCUCUGGUAGGAGUACUUACGAAGGAUCCUCCUCAGAGGAAGGACACUCUUCUUCCAGUUAAGAGAUCCUCUCGUCCCCUGGAAGUUCCAUGCUCCAAGCUCCUCUCCACAGCUCCUCGUUCUCAGAGGAGUUCCUUCGAUCCUACCGCUUCUCGCUCGCCUCCUCGGAAACACGAGGCUCGGGAACACUUAGCGACCGAGCCCUCGUCUCCUUCCAAUCACGAAGCGCCAGCCAGAUAUGAAGCUCAAGCGAGGCGCGAGUCGCCAACCAAGCGCCAGUCUCCAGCCAAGCGCGAGUCGCCUACGAGAAGCGAGCCAGCCAAGCGCGAACGGUACUACAGGCGUGAGUCACGAGCCGCUUUCCAGCCGCUAAGCGCCAACUAGGCACGAGCCGCCAGCCAGGCGCGAGUCACCAGCCAGGCGCGAGCCGCUUUCCAGCCGCGAAGCGCCAACCAGGCUUGAGGCUCCAUCCAGGCGCGAGCCGCUUGCCAGACGCAAGUCUUCAGUAAAGGCGCGAGUCUCCAGUAAAGGCGCGAGUCGACAAACAGGCGUUUUCCUUCCUCGAUGUUCCGAUCAGACACGAGAUGCCAGCAGCACUGCUCCUUCCGUCCGCGAGGCUUCUUACAGGCGCGAGGCACCUCCCAGCCUUGAAGAAACUCCCAGAGGCAAGGCGACAGACAGAAGAUCGUCAUCUUUCUACCGCUCUUCCUCAGACAGAAGCCUCUCUCCUCAUGAGCGAGAACCUACC